UAAGAUUAAAAUGAUUGUUACCAUUUAUUUUGUUUAUAUAUAAAAAGUGUUUCAAAUCUUAAAUUUUAUUAUAUUGAAAUUUGCAUUUUUAUAGAAUUAGUUAAUUAUUUAAUAAAUAAAAUCAAAUAUAAACAUUACUGAUUACUCUAUGACCAAAUCCACAAUAAAACACUAUAAAAGCUCAAAGCCAUCAUGAAAAUGUGUAGAUCCAAGCAAAAUAGGUUCUCAAUAAAACUAUAAAAAUUAGUACAACUAUUAUUCUGGCUAUUCUAACUUUAGCCAUCUCGAACCACAAAUUAUCAAACAUAAUUAAACACAUUUUUUAAAUUUGUAUUAUUGACUUUGAGGUCAAAGUUGGAUUUCCGCCUCAAAUAUAGAAAAAAAAAAACUCAUAUUUUACUUUUUAACCAACAUUUCCGUCACAAACUCUAGCAAUUUAACGAACAAACUUAAGUUUGUGACAAUUUAGUUUAUGAACUUUAAUAAUUAACAAUUCACUCUUUAUGUUUAACAAUUUUAGCAAUUUAAUCCUAUCACGAAUUUUGCAUCAAUAUGAAGUGUCAACCACAAGCUAAUAUAUAAGAGACUAAAUCUUAAUUAAUCAUAAAAUAUAUAAACUAAAUUCUUACUCACCAUCAAAUUUAAAAACCUAUAAACAAUUCUUUGGGGUCUAAAUUUGUUUAAUUUGUUAGGUACUCUUUACCAAAGACUUGUUUUUAUUUUUGAAAUUUUAUCGAAAAAUUCAACCGUUAUAAUAAUAAUAAUAAAAAAAAAGAUGUAGAAGAAAUAAAUUUAAAUUUUAAAAACUAAAAAACAUAAAAAAAAAAAUAAAAAUGAGUGAGGUAGUAAAUGGGUAAUAUGAAGAAUUGUUGUUUAUAAUAAUAGAGAGAGGGAAAGUGUUUUUAAACUUUAAGGAAUCCAUUAUGAUAAUUUAAAUGUGAAAUAGUUUGGAUUUUCCACCCCAUUAAAUUAAAAAGGGUUUAGAAAUUCCCAUCAAAUCCGAAGGACAGCGACUGUCCAAACUAUAAAUAUUCCCACAAACGGUUUUCUAAAAACUCAUUCCCCCAAAUUCCAACUCUCUUUUCAAACCCAAACCCAAACCCAAAUCCACACACACCCCAUUCUCCAACCUCAACAACAAUGGCGGCUCCCCGGCGAAAUCUCCAGCCCACUUCCCUCUCCGUCGAUCUCAACAUUUGCAGACCCAAGCUCCUCUCUCACCUCUUCCACCACCUCAAGCCAAAGCCCUCCCUCAAAUCCCCCAACCAUCACCAUCGCUUCUCCUCCGCUUCCUCCGACUCCGAAUCCGAGUCCGAGACCAGAACCUCCAUCACGUUCCGAGGCUUCGGCCGGAGCGGUGGGGAGAGUGUCGCGGUGGAGAAGGAUUCCGACGAUCCGUACCUGGAUUUCCGACAUUCGAUGGUUCAAAUGAUUCUGGAGAACGAGAUUUACUCCAAGGAAGAUUUGAGAGGGCUUCUUCGGUGUUUCUUGCAAUUGAAUUCUCCUUCUCACCAUGGAAUUAUAGUUAGGGCUUUUUCUGAGAUUUGGGACUCUGUUUUCUCAGCCACUUCCCCCAUUUUACGCUUUUGAUCGAUCGAUCGAUCGAUCGAUCUUUUAGCCGUCCGAUUAACAUCUCCUCCUCCUCCUUCUCCUUUGAUCUUUUGGUUGAAAAGAGUUUUAUUAUUAUUAUUUUGAUCAAAUGUAUGUAUAAAUCUCUUACCACUUUACUUUUUUUUUUUCUUUUGUGUUUUUAUUUAAUAUCAACUCUCUACUCAAGUGGGUUCUCUUCCACUUUGACAUC